AGAAUUCUGGCUGGGCAUCAGAAGAGGGUUUGAGACCUGGCUUCAAUUCUCCCCCAACCUGGUCGUGGGCAAGAUGGCCCACCAGCUGAGUCUUAGGCUCUUCUUCUGUACAGAAGAGCCUUGGUCUUGCUCAGGAUGGAUUUCUUCCGCUGUCUGUGCAUGCCUUGUAGAGGCACUGAAGCCCAGGAGACUGCUGCGAUUGACAAGUAUCUCUAUGCCAUGAGGCUUUCCGACGAAACUCUGAUAGAUAUUAUGACUCGCUUCAAGAAGGAGAUGCAGAAUGGCCUCUCCCGAGAUUUUAAUCCAACAGCUACUGUCAAGAUGUUGCCAACCUUUGUAAGGUCUAUUCCUGAUGGUUCAGAAAAAGGAGAUUUCAUAGCCUUGGAUCUUGGUGGAUCUUCCUUCCGAAUUCUGAGGGUGCAAGUGAAUCAUGAGAAGAACCAGAAUGUUCACAUGGAGUCUGAGGCUUUCGACACUCCAGAGAACAUUGUGCAUGGCAGUGGAAGCCAGCUAUUCGAUCAUGUUGCUGAGUGCCUGGGCGAGUUCAUGGAGAAAAGAAAGAUCAAGGACAAGAAUUUACCUGUGGGGUUCACAUUUUCUUUCCCUUGUCGACAAUCUAAAAUAGACGAGGCUAUCCUGAUCACUUGGACAAAGCGGUUUAAAGCCAGUGGUGUGGAAGGAGCAGAUGUGGUGAAGCUGUUGGAUAAAGCCAUCAAGAAGAGAGGGGACUAUGAUGCCAAUAUUGUAGCUGUGGUGAAUGACACGGUGGGGACCAUGAUGACUUGUGGCUAUGACGACCAGCAAUGUGAAGUUGGCCUGAUCAUUGGCACUGGCACCAACGCCUGCUACAUGGAAGAACUAAGGCACAUCGACCUGGUGGAAGGUGACGAGGGCAGGAUGUGCAUCAACACGGAGUGGGGGGCCUUUGGGGACGACGGGUCCCUGGAAGACAUCCGUACCGAAUUUGACAGAGAGUUAGACCGGGGAUCUCUCAAUCCUGGAAAGCAGCUGUUUGAGAAGAUGGUUAGUGGCCUGUACCUGGGGGAGCUGGUCCGGCUGAUCUUGGUCAAGAUGGCCAAGGAGGGCCUCUUAUUUGAAGGACGAAUCACCCCAGAGCUGCUUACCAGGGGGAAGUUUAAUACCAGUGAUGUGGAGGCCAUAGAAAAGAAUAAAGAAGGCCUCCACAAUGCCAAAGAAAUCCUGACCCGCCUGGGAGUGGAGCCAUCUGACGAUGACUGUAUUUCGGUGCAGCACGUGUGCACUAUUGUCACAUUUCGCUCAGCCAACCUGGUGGCAGCCACACUGAGCACCAUCUUGAACCGGCUGCGUGAUAACAAGGGCACACCCAGGCUGCGGACCACUGUUGGUGUGGACGGCUCUCUCUACAAGACGCAUCCACAGUAUUCCCGGCGUUUCCACAAGACCCUGAGGCGCCUGGUGCCUGACACUGAUGUGCGUUUCCUCCUCUCGGAGAGCGGCAGUGGCAAAGGAGCUGCCAUGGUGACUGCGGUGGCCUACCGCCUGGCCGAGCAGCACCGGCAGAUAGAAGAGACCCUGGCCCACUUCCGCCUUACCAAGGAGAUGCUGCUGGAGGUGAAGCAGAGGAUGCGGCAAGAAAUGGAGAUUGGGCUGGCGAAGGAGACACAUGAAGAGGCCACUGUCAGGAUGCUGCCCUCCUUUGUCAGAAGCACCCCGGAUGGAACCGAGAAUGGUGACUUCUUGGCCCUGGAUCUCGGAGGAACGAAUUUCCGUGUCCUGCUGGUGAAAAUCCGUAGUGGGAAAAAGAGAACAGUGGAAAUGCACAACAAGAUCUAUGCCAUUCCCUUGGAAAUCAUGCAGGGCACCGGGGAAGAGCUUUUUGACCACAUUGUCUCCUGCAUCUCUGACUUCCUGGACUAUAUGGGAAUUAAAGGGCCCCGGUUGCCUCUGGGCUUCACCUUCUCCUUUCCCUGCAAGCAGACAAGUCUGGAUGCGGGAGUCCUAGUCACCUGGACAAAAGGUUUUAAGGCAACGGACUGCGUUGGUCAUGAUGUAGCCACCUUACUAAAGGACGCAAUAAAAAGGAGAGAGGAAUUUGACCUGGAUGUCGUGGCUAUGGUCAACGACACAGUGGGCACCAUGAUGACCUGUGCCUACGAGGAGCCCACCUGUGAGAUAGGACUUAUUGUAGGGACUGGCUGUAAUGCCUGCUACAUGGAGGAAAUGAGGAACGUAGAAAUGUUGGAAGGGGACCAAGGCCUAAUGUGUAUCAACAUGGAGUGGGGUGCCUUUGGGGACAAUGGGUGUCUGGACGAUAUCAGAACCGAGUAUGACAGAACAGUGGACGAAUAUUCUCUAAACACUGGGAAGCAAAGGUAUGAGAAGAUGAUCAGUGGUAUGUACCUGGGUGAAAUUGUCCGCAACAUCUUGAUUGACUUCACCAAGAGAGGAUUCCUCUUCCGAGGACAGAUCUCUGAGCCACUCAAGACCCGGGGCAUCUUUGAGACCAAGUUUCUCUCUCAGAUUGAGAGUGACCGGUUAGCGCUGCUCCAAGUCCGCGCCAUCCUUCAGCAGCUGGGUCUGAACAGCACAUGCGAUGACAGCAUCCUGGUUAAGACAGUGUGCGGCGUGGUGUCCAAGCGGGCUGCCCAGCUGUGCGGCGCAGGCAUGGCUGCCGUGGUGGACAAGAUCCGAGAGAACAGAGGGCUGGACCAUCUGAACGUGACCGUGGGGGUGGAUGGGACACUCUACAAGCUGCAUCCCCACUUCUCCAGAAUCAUGCAUCAAACCGUGAAGGAACUGUCACCGCAGUGUAACGUGUCCUUCCUCCUAUCCGAAGACGGAAGUGGCAAGGGGGCUGCCCUCAUCACGGCCGUGGGCGUGCGGCUCCGAGAAACCAGCAGCUAAGAGCCAGGAACCCCAGCCUGCUGCCCUUCCAGCUCUUCUCUAUACAAGCGAUGACCCCCCCCCCCCUUGUUCCACCCAGCGAGCCGUGCUGGGCGACCCUGGCACCAGAGCCUGCCUUGCCAACGUGGGAGGAGAACAGAACCCAACCAAUGGCGCCUCACGUAGGGUCCCACAUAGAGUGUAUGCUGUUGAUAAUCUCUUGCCCGGACCCCUCUCACUGCCCUGCCACUCUGCAUGAUUUGAUCUCCACCCAGCCGUGCAUCCCCCACAUGUGAGGUGUAGCGGCAUCCCUCCCUCGGGCGCCCCGCCAGCCGAGCCAUGGCUGGUUCAGAUGAAGACUCACACCAUCCCACAGGCCUGAGGGCCUCCGGAGCCCGUCCUUGGGGUCACCUCCUCCGAGUCAAAUGUAUUAUCACCAGCAGACACUGCCGGACCCCCUCUCCCAGG